AUGUCCAAAUCUCCCCUGGAAGUUAAAUGGUAUCGCAAUGGUGAGCUUCUCAAUAAAGAUGCUUUUGGCCAUCGAUUUCGAGAGAAUAAGAAGCAUAUGACGCUUGACAUCAAAGCUGUAGAAGUUUCCGAUCAAGGUUUAUGGACAUGUAAAGUAAGCAAUCAUUUGGGAAAGGUCGACCGCAAUUUUACAGUUGAGAUCAUAGGUUGGUUGUUGUUAGCACGCUUGCUUGAGCAUGUUCUUCUGUAUUCUGACUAUUUGUUUGGUGAGAAAAUUCUGAAGCGUUUGCAUGCAAAAAUUUAGAU